ACUGCUGCUUUGUCUGAGAAGGUUAUUCGUGAGCUCAGUGGAGUCAUUCUUUCACAAGGACCCAAGCUCUGUAAUUUUGUGGAAUGGAGAGGAUACAAAGUUGUUUAUAAAAGAUAUGCUAGUCUAUACUUCUGCAUGUGCAUUGAUCAGGAUGACAAUGAAUUAAAGGUCCUUGAAAUAAUUCAUCAUUAUGUUGAGAUUCUUGACAGAUACUUUGGAAGUGUCUAUGAGCUGGACUUGAUCUUCAACUUUCACAAGGUAUGGUGCAACGGACUUGUUUUGCAAUUGGGAUUUUCCUUUCUGAAAGGGUUUUUUAAUAUCAAAAUGGUGAUUGAUGCAAUAAGUGACUGCCCAAAAUACCUUAUUAAUUUAAUGCCCUCUUGCUUAUCUAAUGUAGAUCAGUUUAUAUUGCAUGGGUGA